AUGCGAUUCGAGUUCUGGAAAUCAGCCAUUCAGAAAGUGUUUGCCUCGGUGAAUAAUUCCUCGGUGGCAGUUCCUUCAGAACCCGUGGCAUUGUUAUUAGCUCAUUGUUUGGGCAAAAACGCAGCACCGGCGCAGAUCGAGCUGUCGAAACGGUUUUUCAUUACUAUUCUCCAGACUCGUGAGACAUACGCAGGGUAUCCUCCAUUUCGCAAUCUCGACGCAAUGGCUUCAUAUGGUGAAGGGACUUAUUCACAACUUAAUUAUUUGACACAAGAAGCAUUAUAUUCGAUAUCUCCUACCACCAGCAAGUUUUUGAACGAGAACCCUCAACUCAUCGACCAGGUCAAUGACAUUGUUGCACAUAUCGGACAGGCCACUGGUAUCACCAGCAUGCUACGAGGAUUCCCCUUUUUUGUAGGAGCCAAGGGAUUCGUUCCUCUGCCAGUGGAUCUACUGACCAAACACAACAUUUCUCAAGAAAGCAUUCUCCAAGCAGCCAGAGCUCACCAAGAGUCACAACAGCCAGACACUCCAAAACAAACCAAACUCGAGCUCGAUCCUGCUAUCAGCGACAUCGUCUUUGAAACAGCUACUCGUGCCAACGACCAUCUCAUUUCCGCGUCCACUCUGUUCGCCAACCUGAAAUCAACCCUCGACGGUUCCGUUCCCGAUGCCAUUUUUGUGCCCACGAUGACCUCGAUCCCGGCCAAACUGUUCCUCGAAAAACUCGAAAAAUGCAACUUCGACCCUGUCCACCCGGACCUCACGAAACCCGAAUGGCGACUGCCGUUCCGGUCCUACGUAAACUACCGCUUCCGUAAAUUGUAG